AUGUUUUCAAUUCUUUGUGUCAACUCUGUAGAAGUUGCCGAACAUCUUAGUAAAGUUGGAAAACCUUAUGGGAGUAUCGUAAAGAUUGAACUUUCUGCAUCUACUGUUAUUAAUGGACAUCUAGAUUUUGUUAUUAGUUUUGAUAAUGCUCAAUCUGGUAAAAAUUUUUGUGAAGGUGCUACAGCUAUUAAUGAUUUAGGGCAAUCCAUACUUUUUUUCAAUCUAACAUAUACUGAAACACCAAGACAAAAUAAUUAA